CAUGAGCACUUGAAUCUCAGAGUAAUAGAGAACGAACGAACGAAUAUUCCGAGAGGAGAUCCCACCGCCCUGUCACUGUCAGGUGACGGUGACGGGUGACACACAUUAGAAACAGAACUCCAUUGCUUAAAUACCCGGCCUUUUCAUUUCAAACACUUUAUUUCCCCUUAAUUCUCCUCAUACAAUAUACAAUAAUAAUGGCUGCUGUCAAGGCUGCGAUUCAUAUCUCCGAUGUUUCUCAUUUGGAUCAGGUCAACGAUGCCACCGCGGCAUCAUUGUCUCUCUACGCCACUCGCCUUCCCACCGGAUUGGAUGGUGGUCACAAUGGGCGGAAAAUUAUACCUAAAUUCAUGGUGGUGGGUCACCGUGGUCAUGGUAUGAACAUCUUGCAGUCAACGGAUAAGAGACUCAAAGCUUACAAAGAGAAUUCCAUUCUUUCAUUCAACCACGCUGCUAAUUAUCCACUCGAUUUCAUUGAAUUCGACGUUCAGGUGACAAAAGAUGACACACCAAUUAUCUUCCAUGACAAUUUCAUCCUCUCUGAAGAGAAUGGUAACAUAGUUGAAAAACGAGUCACCGAUUUGACGUUGGAUGAGUUCUUCAGUUAUGGUCCUCAAAGAGAAACAGGCCAGGUGGGAAAAUCUUUGCUAAGAAACUAUGAUGGAACCAUUGUCGGAUGGAACGUUGAGAUCGAUGAUCAUUCUUGUACUCUCGAAGAAGCAUUCCAAAAAGUAAACCCAUGUUUGGGAUUCAACAUCGAGUUGAAAUUCGAUGAUUACGUUGUGUACGAACUUGAGUAUCUCGUUCAUGUUCUUCAAGUUAUCUUAAAGGUGGUACACGAAAACGCUCAAGAAAGACCUGUAAUUUUCUCUAGCUUCCAGCCUGAUGCGGCCUUGCUUAUGAAGAAGCUUCAGGAUAAAUACCCGGUGUACUUCUUGACAAAUGGCGGGACCGAGCUAUUCGAUGACGAGCGUAUGAAUUCAUUAGACGAGGCUAAAAAGCUCGCCAUAUCUGGUGGAUUGGACGGAGUUGUUUCCGAAGCAAAUGGUAUAUUCAGAAACCCUACAGUAGUAAGAGAGAUUAAAGAAUCAAAUCUUUCCCUUCUUACUUAUGGCAAUUUAAACAACGUCCCUGAAGCGGUACACGCGCAAUACCUUAUGGGCGUAGAGGGCGUAAUCGUUGAUUUAGUACAAGAAAUCACAAGUGCAGUUGCGUGUUUAAAAACCGGAGAUGAAGGAGUGGAGGUGACAGAGAACACAGACAAGAUUGAACUGUCGUCUUUGCUCAAUUUGGUGUCACAAGUGAUGCAGCAUUGAAGUUUUGUAUAUUCGAGUCGGGUCGGGUCGGGUCAUUUGUUAGUAUAAUAUAUUACAUUUAUUAUUAUCCAGUGGGGGAAUUGAGUUUGGUUAGGAUGAUAAGUAGUGGAGUUCUGUUUAAUAAUUACUGGAUCUUCAACAGUAGCAGCAUGGAAAGGUGUAAGUUGAUUGAUCAUCAUAGAUUCAUGAUCAUUGAUACGAAUUGUGUUGUAAGAUCAACUUUGUGCCCAAAAAAAGGAAUUCGUAAUAACAACAAUUUAUUAUAAUACUUGGA